UUGACACCCGGACUCUGGGAAAUAUAUCCAGCAUCCAUCCCGUUGCCAUUCUCACUCUUUCUCUCUGAAUCACCUCGAUCAGAAUCCACAUCAGAUCCUGGGCUGGCAGAUGACUAUUGAUUAUUUAUCGAGACAAAUGACUGUUACAUCAAGUCUAAUAAUGUUGAUCAAAAUCGUAGUAGUCUUGCUGCUUGUCUCGGUUUUGGGGGAAGUAGUAGGAACAGAUGUUGAUGUGCACGAGAGUCACCCUGAGAAACCGGCGAAUCAAAAAGGACGUCUUUCCUUGCAGAAUACAGCUGAGAUCCAGCACUGUCUUGUGAGUGCGGGAGAUGUGGGCUGUGGUGUGUUCGAGUGUUUUGAGAACAACUCUUGUGAAAUCCGGGGAUUGCAGGAGAUUUGCAUGACCUUCCUGCACAAUGCUGGCAAGUUCGAUUCACAGGGCAAGUCCUUCAUCAAGGAUGCUUUCAAGUGCAUGGCGCAUGGUUUAAGGCACAAGUUCAGCUGCAUCAGUCGAAAAUGCCUGGCCAUAAAGGAGAUGGUCUUCCAGCUUCAACGGGAAUGCUACAUGAAACACAACCUCUGCUCAGCUGCUAAAGACAACGUCAAUGUCAUGGUGGAGAUGAUACACUUCCAAGACUUAUUUCCUAAAGGGCCGUAUGUAGAGCUGGUGAACAUCUUGCUGAGCUGUGGAGAGGAGGUGAAGGAAGCCAUUACUCGAAGCGUACGUUUGCAGUGUGAGCAGAACUGGGGCGCUCUGUGCGACAGUCUCAGCUUCUGUUCCUCGAUGACCACAGCUCCAGCAUCAGGGUCCUCAGGCGGCCUUGAGCGACGUCCAGCAGCUUCCUCUCAUUCAGCAGGAGACCACCCCAAAGGUGCUCGACAAGGAGACAAGGACAAACCUGGCAAGGGUGGGUUCAAUUCCCACACGAGAAGUCGGAGCCAAGGCUCUCGUCGUGCCAGUUUAGAUUCCACUGUUGGUGAGCAGGAAGACACUAAGAUCACUGACAUUCGGAGGUGAAAUAACAGGAAUAUCUAUCUUGACUAUGACACCAUUACUCCAAUCCCCAAAUUAACAGACUGAGCAAGAUGAGAGCAGACCUCCUAGUUCAACCAAUCCACCCCCCACAUCUCUACACAACUUUAACAGUCAUUCCAGCACUCCCAAACUGUACAUUUAGCAGGGUAUAUGUGGUGUAGCUUUAUUGCUACUUCAGAUCAUAGAACAGAUUGUUAAUUUUGUAGGAUUAAGAGUACACCAGUGCUUAUUUUUAGUUCUAAUACAGCAUCUCUAUUUCUCAAAUCAUAUCCUCCUAGAUCAAUCACUUCUAUUAUUUAUUUUAUUCUUUAUGCAAUGUUUGAAUAUAAACAUGUACAUAUAAAUGUAUGUAUAUCUAUAUUUAUGUAAACAUGUCUAAAUAUAGCCUCCAUAUUCAGUACUAAUAUACUAUAUGUAAUAUAGUUCCAAGAAUGCUUGCUGUUGUAUUAAUCACAUUAUUGCACCAAUUACGCAUAUGACUGUAGAUAUGUAAGAUAUGUUUGAUUACUCGUUUGUUUCAAAGUCAGAAACUUGUGUGUAAAUUUUAUUUGAAAUACUUGAUUAAAUACAAGCUGUACAGGAUUGAAGUCUAGGUCUAGCACAUAUGAUGGUUUGUGCUUGUUAGAAGGGCAAAGAAGUCAUUUAACUAAGGAAUGUCCAGUAACAAGCGUAUUGUGCCUUGAGAAUGUAACAGAGGUUUUUCUCCACAAUAGACUAACGGACUUGAGCAGAUAUAUUAUACUAAAGAUGCUUUUCUCCCCAAUUUGGAAUGCCCAAUUCCCAAUGCGCUCUAAGUCCUCGUGGUGGCGUAGUGACUCGGAGGAUGAAUCUCAGUUGCCUCACGUGGCUUGUUGAGCGUGUUACCUCGGAGACCUAACGCGUGUGGAGGCUUCACGCUAUUCUCCGCAGUGCCUCACCGAGAGUGAGAACCACAUUAUGGUGACCAUGAGGAGGUUAACCCAAUGUGACUCUACCCACCCAAUUGGUUGCUUAGGAAGCCUGACUGGAGUCACUCAGCAUGCCCUGGAUUCGAACUUGCGACUCCAGGUGUGGUAUUCAGUGUCUUUACUUGCUGAACUACCCAGGCCCCCUAUACUAAAGAUGCUUAAACAUACCAGCCGACCCCAGGGAACUAUAUAUUGUUACAUUAGGCAUUAUAUUCAGAUCUGUGCUUAGAAACAGGCUGAAAUAUAAACAUAAGAUGUCAUAUGUCCCAGUAUGAUAAAGUGCCCUGAUAAUAUCUCUUGAGUUUAAUGCGUAUGCUGCACAUUGCUGGGCUUCGCCCAAACAGAUUAUUUCAACACAGAUACAAUUUUAGCUCACAAUGUCUCAUGGAAAGCAGGCCUGCCUGUGUACUGGCCAAGUCCACAGACAGCCACUAAAGUUUCCAAGUAAAAAAUAGAAGUUUUCUCCUGGAGCCACUGAGAAGAGCCAGAAGUUGGAGCCAUGGUCCAAUGGCCUUAGAACCAGGCACAGGGGUUAAGUCUACACAAGAAGCUCAGGGUAUUACUGACAAUAAUAAUGAUUUUUUGGGGGGUCCUUGCCACAUGAUUGGUUAAUUAAUGCAAUAGUUGGAGCUGACUGUCGGUUUGAGAAUAAGCAAUGACCUGUAUAGUUCUGCUAUUCAUUAGCCUAAAGAUCACAGUAGUUUCUUUGACCAAUCAUAUUAUUUUAAGUCACUCAGGUAUUACAGUAAACAUGUGGGCAAAAUGUGAUCAGCUUUGGGUUCAAUCCUGAAAAAAUAAAUAAAAUAAAUAUAAUUUUUUGGAAUUGUCACAAGAAUGGAAGGAAAUGUGGGUAAAAUUGUUUUAAAUGAGUGAUGGAUUCCAUCUCCAUACAGAUAGCAUGUGUUCCAAUUCUUUAAAAAAAAUAAAUACUAAGUUCAUUUCUUA